AUGACAACGGUUGCUGAUGGGGCGCACACCAAGCCCGCGCUGAUCAACUAUGUUGCAGCAAUUGGAGCCGCCACCGGAUCCUUCCUGUUCGGAUACGACUCGGGUAUCAUCUCCAGUGUCAUCUCGUCGACGUACACCGAGUUCACCGACUACAUGAACCCCGGCGGCAAGUAUGAUUCCCAGUGGGACAGCAUUACGGGAGCCAUCGUCUCCGUGCUCGCUGGAGGAGCGUUUUUCGGUGCUCUCAUUGCUGGACAAACUGCCGACCGCAUUGGACGCAAACGCACCAUCCAGAUGGGCGCCACCGUCUCGAUCGUCGGUUGUGUUCUCCAGGCCGCCGCAGUCAACUACCCGAUGCUCAUUGUCGGACGCGUGAUCGCGGGCUUCGCCAUUGGCAUCCUGAGUAUGAUUGUGCCCGUUUACCAGGCGGAAAUCUCACCCCCCCACGCUAGAGGACUGCUCUCGGGCUGGACCCAAAUGAUGAUCUCGUGGGGAUUCUUCGUCGCCAACUGGGUGGGUUACGGCUGUGGUUACCUCAAGAGCACUGCGCAGUUCCGCGUCCCCUUGGCUAUCCAAAUUGUCCCGGCCGCACUCCUCCUGGUGGGCAUGUUUGUGCUCCCCUACUCACCCCGUUGGCUCGCAUCCAAGGGUCGCACCGAUGAGGCUCGUGCAACCCUCAUCCGUCUCCACGGUGGACGCAAGGCCGCCAACCUCGACACUGUGGAAAUGGAGAUUCAGACCAUGUUGGCCCAGAUUGAAUGGGAACAAAAGAACGUCACCACUUCCUACCUGGAUCUCGUCCGCAACAAGCCCAACCUUCACCGUACGGCCUGUGGAUGUCUUGUGCAAGCAAUGUGCCAGUGGACGGGCGUGAACGUUAACAACUACUUUGGUCCUACCAUCUAUGCCAUGAUGGGUUUCAAGAGCCACACUCUCCUCCUCAUUUCUGGUAUCUCUGGCGCUUGGGGUGUCGUCUGCACCUUUGUCUUCAUCACCUUCAUCGUGGACAGGCUCGGCCGUCGCAGGCCGCUCAUCAUCGGCGCCGUCAUGUGCGCUGUGGCCAUGGCGUGGGAAGCUGGAACGUCGCAACCAUACGACAGUGCUGCCCGCAACGGAACGACUUACAAUAACAGUUCCACGGGUAUUGCUGGUAUUGCUGGCGUAUUCUUCUUCUCUAUCGCCUUCAGUUGGUCGUUCGGCCCAGUCUCUUGGAUCUACCAGUCGGAAAUCUUCCCCAUGCACAUGCGCGCACUCGGCACUUCCCUCUCCACUGCCUCCAACUGGCUCAACAACGUUCUCAUCGGCCAAGUCACGCCUUUGGCAUUCAAGGCGAUUGGAUGGAAAUACUUCUUGGUAUACGUCGUGACCAACCUCACCAACGCCGUCGUCUGUUACCUCCUCUUCCCGGAGACCAAGAACAAGUCCCUGGAGGAGAUCGGUCUCCUCUUUGGCGACCACGACAUCCACACCCAUCUUGGCCCCCAGACACCUCCCGAGCUUGCAGGCGAGGGCAAGCAAUCCAUGUCCAAGCACGAGGAUGAGAAGCACGAGCACGUUUAG